AUGUCUACCUGGAUAUAUAUUAUAUGGAAAUAUUUGCGAUUAAUGCAAUAACAAAAUUCAAAACUGUUUGACUUGUACUUAAAAUUAAGAUUAAAGUGGAUUUAUUUGUUAAUCUUGUGUUGAUGGUUAUGUUUUAAAUACUAAUACAAAUUAAUGUUAAUAAUGUCCUAAUGGUUGUUAAAAUUGCUAAAUUUCCAAUACUAUUGCUCCAUAUUCGCUUACUUGUAAUACUUGUGCUAAUGGAAAUUAUAUUGAUAUUGAUGGAAAUUGUUUAGGGUGUCCUUUUUAUUGCAAAUCUUGUGAUUCAAAAUACGUAAUAUUUUAUAUAUAUUUAUAGAUAUGUAAAACUUGUAAUGAUGGAUAUUAUCUAAUUUAAUCUUCAAUCAAAAUCAAUUCUAAAUCCUAUAUAUUUUAACCCUGUUAUCCAUGUUAAAAUAAUUGUGCUACUUGUACAGGACCUUAUGGAAAUAUUUGUUUGACUUGUUAAAUUGGUUUUGUUCUUUAAAGUGGAGGCUGUAUUAAUUUAACCUAAAAAAUUUUAAAUGAUCCAACAACUUACAGUUUAGCUAAUUGUUAUACAUCUGAUUCUUCAGGUUGUACAGUAUGUUUAGCUGGAUUUUUCUUAGAUUCAUCACGAGUUUGUUAAUAAUGUGUUUCACCUUACUCUAAUGUAUUUAAGUGUCUUUAUUUUAUUAGUUUGUUUGUGGUUUGGAAGCAAUCUCUCCAACCAAUCCAACAAUACCAAAUAAUUAAUCAAGUGGUUAAUAUAAUACAAGCAAUAAUACAUAGACCAUUAUUGAAAUAGGAAUUAAUCCAAUUUAACCAAAUAGUCUAAGUUAAUUAUUAGCAGCGUUCCUUAUAUUUAUAUAUUAAUGA